AUGGUAUCUACGCUCGCCGAAUUACCUGUAGAACUGCUCAAUGUAAUCAUCCACGAGCUACCCAACAUCGGGCCAACAAAUGCGAAGUAUCGGGAUGACCUCAUGAACCUACGUCUAGUUUGCCAGACGAUCGAAACCAAAACACGGAGACGCUUUUUGCGUGAAUUUUGCCGAGGUGUGAAGAUAGAUGUACCUUAUCGAGAAGUCAAAGAAGAUGGCGAGUACUAUCCGGACAUGUACGAUAACCCCGAAUUUCAAGAAUUUGUUCAAGCGUACACGAUCUGCCUCGCUCAACUCGAUCUCUCGCCAGAGGAUGUUGGUGCAUGGACGCAUUUCACCGAGUUCAUCAUGGACGAUAGUCUCAAGGGAGAAUUCGAUCGACACCUCAAACACUGCGCGAACUUGGAGACGCUGCACCUAUGCGGCCCGCCUCUCCCUUCGGGUAUAUCGUUGGAACUCCAGGAAAAGAUCAAUCUUGCUUGGCAGAAGGCGUUCAGAGACAUACUCACGACUGCAUUCUCAGAUGAAGGACUUCGGUUGAAAGUUCUGAUGUUGGGCGUCGGCGGCCCUCAAGCACUACCAAUACCAACAUAUAUGUUCCAAGGAAUACCAAAAACCUCAAAGUUUCUCUCCAAGCUGGAUAAGCUUACUCUGGCAACGAUCAUCGACGAAGAUGCCCUUGAGCCUGUACAACACCCGAGUACAGGAGAUGCAACUCGCACAUUUGACGACUUCUUGGCUCUGGCGCCCAAAGUAAGGUUCCUGGAAUAUCGAGGAGGACUGGGCGAUCCUCUGGUAUCCAAAUAUCCAGGAUUAGACAGCCUUCCCAGAAACUUACUACCACGAUGGGCGCUUACGAAGAUUGUUCUUGCAGGCCUUGCCAUUAGCGAGACGUUACUCGCUGAGAACCUCCUCACGUUGAGCGCUACUUUGAAAGAAAUUGGCCUGAGGAAUAUCAAUCUGACAUCCGGCACCUGGAUCCCGCUCCUCAGGAUGAUGAGAGCCAACCUCCAACUCACUUACCUUGCAAUAGAGGAUUUAUAUCAAGGGGACCGAAGGCUCGGGCUUUACUUGGUGAACAAAGAGCGACCAUUGAUCAUCGAUUCAGAGACAGCGCGAGCACGCGAUGACGACUGGAACUGCGCUGUUGCGAAAUUGUCAUGCAAGAGGGGCCCUCCAGACGAUGCGUAUAAGGCUGCAGAGGCAGAGUUGGAAGAACUUCUUGCUGAUGAUUGGGUUUGGUUGUUGCGCGACUUUUAUAAUGAGUAUCGUAUCACGCUGGACGCAGAAGAAGGGGACGAUGUCACUGCGUGGGUUUCGUCCAUUGAGCACGUUCACGAACUUUGGAGGUUCUGA